UCUUCACUAACUCGGGACUAGUUGACUCAGAAUCACCUCUGGCAUUCCCCACUUGCCGACAGCCCAAAGACAUUCUUCACCUACCAACAAUUCAUCGCUCAAUCCCGAUAUCAUUUGCCCAUUGCAGACCUGCGAAACAAUGGACCAGAGCUCUAUUACCAUCUGGAGCGUACCUUGGCCUUUCUCCAUCCACGGCUCUUACUCAGACAAAAACGUCCUCACUUAUGCCGCAACUAAUUGAGAAACAAAUCCUCGAUGCUCCCAUAUGGUCAAUACUACUCGUCAAUGGCAAAGAAGGAAUAUUUAGUAUGGGAGGUACUUCUGUUGCGUCCGACCGGGAAGUCGAGCGUGAGACAGCAGACGAUCUGGACCGAAUCGGUGGGCACCAAAGUCGCCAAGAAGAACACGGUAGGAAUGAGCAUAACAGUCGAAAGUCCGAAGAUGACCUGAAUGAAUGGAAAUGGAUCAAGGUCCAAGGUGCAGAAGGAUGGUGGCAGGUCCUCAUGCGUGGGAUAUGGAUUGAUGGAGUUAAGAUCUUGGCGAACCAGCCUGCCGUACUAGAUGUCAACACGCCAUUUAUCAUCGCACCCCCACUGGCCGCAAGGACUUUCUACUCUUCCAUAUCUGGAAGCAAGCAACUGCCACCUCCAUUCGAUCAAUUCACCGCGUACCCUUGUUUCAAUCCUCCUAGAGUCCAUUUCGAAUUCGCCAGCUGGAACUUCGAAGUGUUGAAAGGCAAAAGAGAUCAGGGUACAUUUUCUCCCGGUGGACGUUUCUCUCUUGGCAGAAUGACGACAGGUAGUGGCUAUUGUCUUGGCAUUGUGGUCGAGUCAAGAAUGGGAGCCCGCGCAGCUGAGGCCAGGGAGUCGAAGUCUGGCGUCAAAGUCGAGGGUGGAGAUGGGCUUUCAGAUGUUUGGGUUAUCGGAGAACCGUUUUUCAGAGAUGUGCAGAUCGCAUUUAACUGGAGAGAUAAGCUCGUGGGGAUGCAAAGAGCCUGAUAUCGAUUACCAGUGUUUCACCGAUGCAGAAACAUUGAUGGAUACCUCUGCUGGGAUCUUAUUAGGAUCUUCAGGGCUUAUUUAUGGUUGUCAACUUGAAGAGGAUACGAGUAUCUUGAAGAGGUUGUGGCUCUCCUUUCGAUAUUCCAGAGUCCUAGGUAUUCUUGGUUGCGUGCAUGUUCACAUGCUGGACGCAUGUUUAAUUCGGUAGUGGCAAGCAGGCAAGCCCCCUUGAAUUUAUCCCGCAGUGUGUUGGUGCUCUGUGCAUUUAGGGGCGGAGGUCUCUGCCGGGAGGCUGGCUCUAGCCGAGAUGGUGGGGUUCACCCCUGAGCCGGCCCCGAGUCCACUCGAGCUAGUAAAGUCAAUCCAAGUAUUUAACGAG